CUCCAACUUCUCCAAAUUCGUUUUUUCAGCAAAAUCAAGUGCAUCAUCUUCAUUUAAACACAAAUAUGGCCGAUCAGGACCCCAUUGAUCCAUCGAAGAUGAUUGGUGGUAGGCGUGCCAUGACUCAGAGCCACCGCAGGGAGAGGCAGGGCGGCCACAUCCCAAAGAGGGGUAGAGGUCGAAGAGGAGAUGGCUCAGGAAGCUCUCAGGCUACACAGCCUGAGGAAUCACAGGUUGUUGACCCGUCACAGCCUGUUGACCAGACUGGGGUGGAGUACCUGAACUAUCAGGAUCAGGUACAUCAUGAUGUGACGGAUGGUGGAUAUGACCAGGAUCAUAUACCACAGCAGCAGGAUGCAGUAGACGAGGAUGACAUUGCAGCAGCUGCUGCACCGGAGGUGUUACCUACGGACCCUCCAUUUCCUGGUGGACCGGAGGACCUGUCAUUGCUCCACUCUUAUGCCGAUCAUGUGGCUUUGUCACUCUGGUAUAAUUCAAAUAAUGUUCGUAAGACCCGCGUGCUUAAACCGAUUAAUCAUGGGGCCAAGAUUCUCACUCUUGGACGCCCUAACGCAAAUGAGAAUUGGUUUUGGGAUGCGCUUCAGCAGAGCGGGCUACAUGAUUUGGUAUACUUGGGGUACUCCACCGUGCCUCAUGCACUGCUGCUGACUUUAUGCGAGAGGUGGCAUCCGGAGACCAGCACCUUCCACAUGCCGAUGGGGGAGAUGACUGUGACAUUGGAUGAUGUCGCAUGUCUGACGCAUCUUCCUAUUGAGGGGCGGAUGUUGGCUCAUGGGAAGAAGAUGCCCAAGCAUGAGGGAGCGGAACUGCUGAUGACGUAUCUGGGUGUGUCCCAGAAUGAGGCUCAGAAGAUCUGCAACCAGGAGUACGGCGGGUGCAUUAGCUACCCGAGGCUGAGGGAGUUCUAUACCUCGUACCUUGGUAGGGCCAACGUAUUGGCGGGUACGGAGGAUGCUGAGGAGCUUGAGGAGCUGGCGAGGGUCAGGACAUACUGCGUCCGGUGUUACCUUCUGUACUUGGUCGGAUGCUUGUUGUUUGGCGAUAGAAGCAACAAGCGCAUCGAGCUGAUAUAUUUGACGACCAUGGCGGACGGGUACGCAGGGAUGCGUAAUUAUUCCUGGGGAGCUAUGACCCUCGCCUACCUAUACGGCGAGUUGGCGGAUGCAUGUAGGCCUGGACACAGAGCGCUUGGGGGGAGCGUGACACUGCUGACUGCAUGGUUUUUGGCGCAUUUUCCAGGGUUUUUUAGUGUUGAUCUCAACACUGACUACCUGGAAAACUAUCCGGUUGCAGCGAGGUGGAAGCUCCAGAAGGUUCAUGGGGAGGGGAUCACGUAUCGGUCACUGCUCGAUCGUAUACAGUUAGAUGAUGUAUGCUGGAGGCCGUACGAGGAGCACAGAGAGAUCCAGGACUUCGAGGAGGUUUUCUGGUAUUCUGGAUGGAUUAUGUGCGGCGUCCGUAGGGUGUACCGUCACUUGCCCGAGAGGGUUUUGAGGCAGUACGGAUACGUGCAGACCAUCCCCAGACAUCCGACUGAUGUUAGGGACCUCCCACCGCCUUCCAUUGUGCAGAUGUUCGUCGACUUCGGCACUCACACGCUUAAGGCGGACGCCCGGGGUGAGCAGGCAGGAGAGGAGACAUGGCGGGCGGCGGAUGGCUAUGUCUUGUGGUACGCUAGGGUGUCUCACCCUCAGAUCUUGCCACCUAUUCCAGGAGAUCUUCCGAGGCCUGCAAAUGAAGAUCAGAUCAUUGCAGAGCAGUGGCAGCGGUAUGAGGCGAGAGGCUCGCCUGACACCUAUGACAUGGUUAGUGGCGCUGUUGCCUACGCUGAUGCGCAGUUAGGCCAAGAGGAGGUCAUGAGCAUGACCCCUCAACAGUUGUUUGAGGCCAUGACCCAUAUGAGGGAGCAGAUCGCGCCGAUUCUGACCAGGAGGAGAGCCCAGAGGCCGAGGCGGAGGCACCAUCAGCAGGAUCAGGACCAGUAGUAUUAUUUUCCUUUUUUAGUCUUAUUUUUUAGUUUUAGUCUUUUGAUGACAUUGAGUUAUGUAUAUAUGUAUAUUUGUAUAUUUGUAUAUUUCUACUUUGAUGACA